CUCGCAGCAUGGAAUGAGAUCCCACACCUGAACCAACUCCUCCUUUGUCUGCAUCAUGUUUUGCGACAAGUUUCAACUUCUUCUGCGUCGCAGCUAACCUCACCGACAAUCCUUUCCGCAUUUCUUCACAAGCCUCUGUUAUUGGGACGACGUGCAUGUGCCAGCUGCCCUUGUUCAAAACGAGGCGACUCGCGGCCUCCUUGAAGCAUCUCUACUCCACUCGUGUUACAACAUCGGCUCCAAUCAUCUUACACCUCUCAACUGCCAAUCGUACUGUCGGAUCUUUUGGACGGUGUCCGAUGUUCUGACAGUUUCGGCGCUCGUGCCAGCCAGAGCGUCUGCCAGUAAUCAAUUACCAUGGGCAGGGCGCGAAAGGCGGGCGCGGAGCGCAAGAAGUCUACAGGGCUGAAACCCUUCAAGUGCACGUACAAAGAUUGCAACAAGGCGUAUCCCCUUUCCAGCGUGCUCAAAAAUCAUGUGGAUGCUGUUCACCUAGGCAUCACGUUCACCUGUCCCGAGCCGGGGUGCGGGAAGGUGUACACGUACAAGGUCAGUCGUGACAAUCAUGUCAAGACUGCUCACCGAGGGAAAAAGUUCCCCUGUCUCUAUGAUGACUGCGACAAGAGCUUCUCCUGUAAUUCAGGCCUGUAUCAGCACACUCAGACCAAACAUGUCGGCAAAAUCUGGGAGUGCGUGUUUUCUGAUUAUGAGAGGAAAUUUACCACUUCUUCUGGCCUUUACACACACGUCCAGCAUUUCCACAAGGGAAUACGCCACAGGUGUAAAUAUGACGAUUGCCCGCAGGUCUAUGCCGGAACCAGCGGUUUGAGCUCCCACGUCAACAGUGUGCACAUCGGAAACCGUUGGCCCUGUCUCUACGAUGACUGUGAGAAAGUCUAUACCGCGCUGUCGAGCAGGGAGAGGCACGACCGGGUCAUCCACCAGGGGAUCAAGUUCCCCUGCAAUGUGGAUAAAUGCAAUAAAACAUUCUCCUACUGGCAGGCUUGGGACGAUCAUCGACAUUCCGAGCAUCUUGACCUAUUGUGGGACUGCCCGUGGGACCAGUGCGAGCGGCAAUUUUGUUCAAUCGGAGGCCUGAGGUACCACACCGACAGCGAGCACGAAGGGAUCAGGUUCACCUGCCCAGCCUGCGGCAGAAUAUUCUCGGUUGAACACAAUUGGAGUGCACACGUCAAGUCCGUCCAUGGCACAGCCGAGGAUGCUGCUGAGCUGAGCGAGAAAAAGGACCGAAUCCGGCAGGCUUUGGCAGAAAAGGAGGCCCAGGGUCUUUGCAGCGCCACCAAGAAGUGCAAGAAUGCAAAGGCCGGGAGUGGAUUCCACUGCCAGUUUCACGAGAAAACCGUCGAUUCCGUCGCCAAGGCGUUAGAGGAAAAGGCAGAAGAAGGUCGACUGCAGCCGAGCUCCAUUCAAAAACCUGACGAAUUUGCCCUUCUCCUGCAGCGGGAGAAAGUCUACUUGGAUCCCGAGGCGGUAGAGGCUCUACAGAUGCUCGCACAGGGGUUGGACGACGUCCAAACUGCUGCCAGAUCAUAUGUCAUGGAUACCGAAUUCUGCUGGGCCGGCGAGUAUGUGGCCAUGGACAUCACCAUUGAGCGAUUGAAGGAUGGUAAAGAGAUCGUCUCAAGCCGCAUAGACUUGGAAAUGGGCAUUGAGGAACUUGAGGACCGCUGUGCAAUCGGAAGGUCACGAACUGGCAUUCGAAAGGUCUACGGCAAAUCCGACAGAACCUAGGGGCUGCUGCCGGAUCAGAUCGCGACUAUCCUGAAGGAAGCUGGGAUCUCCGCAGAUUCAAUCAUCUAGGAGUGGUCGUCAUCUGGUUGUGAUCUUGCAGCACUCCGAAAUCUGGUGGGAAAGGAGGGCAAGGUGACAGAUGGGAAUCAUGUUGAGCUGCCAGAUCAGUGGCGCAGCGCAUUAUUACUGGCAAAGAAGGUGUUUCCGGGUAUAUUUUGCUAUCGAUUGGGGGUCAUUUUUGGGCUUGCUUUUCCAGACGUUCAUGUCAAACCGCAUAUGAGCAAGGAGGACACAAUGAUGUUGAGGGAUAUCUGUCGUCUUCUUGCUUCGGUCAAAGCUGAAGAAGCGUAACGGGAUCAUGGGAAAAUCGGCGGAAGCAGAAUCGGCGGGAGUUCUGGCGUUUCUGGAAGUGAGAAUUGCUGGAUUCAAGAGGCACAAAUCAUGUCAGGGCGGAAUAUUGCUAAUAUUGGGCCGUAUCGGCGGGAUUUCCUGGCACUUGGGGGAGUUAUAUUGCUGGUUAUAGGAGGCAUUCUGUUACAUCUGGCAGCCAUUGCUAGAAAGGUUCACAGCGGCCUGAAAUAAGAUUAAGAGUGACUUUUA